AUGGCCAUCGAACGUACUUUCGUCGCAGUGAAACCCGAUGGGGUUCGGCGUGGAUUAAUCUCCGAGGUGAUGAAACGCUACCAGAACCGUGGGUAUGUACUGUGUGGCGCGAAGUUGGUCAUGCCAAGUGAUGCUCUGGUGCGGGAGCACUACAAGGAGCACGAAGGGAAGCCGUUCCUGCCCGGCCUGCUAGCGUAUGUUGGUGAAGGCCCAGUGUUCGCUAUGGCUUGGGAAGGAGAGAACGUCAUUGAUCAGUCUAGAAAACUUAUCGGCGCGACCAAGCCUGGAGAUGCUGAACUCGGAACCAUUCGUGGGGACUUCGCCCAAGUUAUGGAAAGAAACAUUGUGCACUCGUCAGACUCGAAAGAGUCUGCAGAGCGAGAAAUAAAUCUCUGGUUCAAGCCGGAGGAGCUGUGCAAGUACAACAUAGCGGCCUCUCCGUUCAUCAGAGCUUAA